AUGAAUGUUUUAUCCGUUAAUGUUAGGGGUUUGGGACCUUCGGGUAAAGCGAGUUGGAUUAGAAGAUUAAAAUCUGACUUGGGGGUAUCUUUUAUUGGUUUACAAGAAACGAUGUCUAGUAAUGUCAAUGUUGGGGUUGUGUCGAAUUUUUGGGAUGGUAUGGGGUUUGAUUUUGAGGUUGCUGAAUCUUCUGGGAACUCGGGUGGCUUAUUAAGUGUGUGGGAUCCUAAGUUUUUUACUAAGGAGUCGGUUGUCAAAGAUAAUAAUUUCCUUCUUGUCUCGGGUUUGUUAACGGAUGGGAAGAAUCGUUUAAAUAUGAUUAAUGUUUAUGCUCCGCAAUCAAAUGUCGAUAAAAGAAAUCUUUGGGCUAAAAUUUCUCAAGUGAUUCAGGCGGGUCAUGGGUGGUGGAUUGUUUUUGGGGAUUUCAAUGCUGUUAGAGACCCUAGUGAAAGAAAGAAUUCGUGUUUUGACCCGGGUUGUGCUCGAGAUUUUAAUGAGUUCUUGGAUGAGGCUGGUCUUAGAGAAUAUGACUUGAAAGGCAAGAAGUUUACUUAUUUAGUCAAUCGUCGUGGGGUUUGCAAGAUGAGUAGAAUUGAUAGAUUGUUCGUUUGUGAUAAUAUUUUUAACAAAUGGCCCAAUGCUUGUGUUAGAGCUUUAAAUAGAGAAUUUUCGGAUCAUGCGCCUUUAUUUCUAUCUCUUUGUGAUACUAAUUUUGGGCCGAAACCUUUCCGUUGGUUUGAUUCCUGGUUUGAUAGGAAAGGGUGUGAAGAAAUUGUUUGUUUGACUCUUCUAGGCUGGAUUAAUCAGGGUACGGCAGAUUUGAACCUUAUAAGAAAGUUGAAAGCUCUUCGUAUUAAACUUAGUAGAUGGAUAACCGAAUGCCGCAGUAAGGAGAUUGAAUUUGAAAAUUCUUGCAAAAAAGACUAG